AUGGCGGAUGGCACAUGGGCAGCCUUUCAGGGCGGUAUCACGUCACUGACGGCGCGAGAAUGGAUCGUGGCCACCAUCUCUGCUUGGCUUGUAUUUAAACUGCUGCAAGCAUUGUACAAUAUUUCGCCGCUUCACCCAUUGAGCAAGGUGCCUGGCCCGAAACUCGCAGGAGCAACAUAUCUGCCCGAAUUUUACCACGAUGUGAUUCUCGUUGGUCGCUACACCCAUGCUAUCAAGAAGAUGCACGAAAAAUACGGCCCUAUUGUCCGAAUUAACCCCAAUGAAACACACUGCGCCGACAUGGCAUUCUCGGAUGAGAUCUACGCUGUUGGUGGCCGCAAACGCGACAAGCCUCACCACCAGGUCAGCGGCUCAGCAAUUGGCACAACAAACGGUUUCGGCACAGUUGACCACGAUCUCCACCGCGCCAGACGCGCACCAGUCGCCAAGUUCUUCUCCCGAGCCAUGAUUGCACGCCUCGAGAAGGAGAUCCACGAACUGGUUCAAACACUCUGCACCAAACUUCUGGCUGAGAAUAGUAACAACAGCGGCAAACCUUUUGACGUUGCGCACGCUUAUAGCUGCUUUACUUCCGACGCCAUCUCCAGUUACUGUUUCGGUGAAGCCUUUGGGCUGUUGUCGAGCGAAGGCUGGCAGCCCAACUACCGUGAAGCGACUCUGGCAGUGCUCAAGCCUGUAUUCGUCCUGCGAUUCUUCCCCCUCCUCGCUAAGAGCGUGAAGUUUGGCAAGCACUUUGUCGACUAUCUCCCCACCGAUGUUUCGCUCCUCAUUCGGACACUGCAGAUUGAUAUUCCGGCUCGCGUGCAAAAGACCAAAGCGGACCUAGAUUCCGGCAUUACCUAUGACCGACCAACAGUUUUCGCUGAUCUUCUGCAAUCUGAACUUUCGGAGGAUGAAAAGGACACUGAUCGUCUUGCCGGAGAAGCUGUAGCUGCUGUUAACGCUGGAACCGAGACCACGAGCUGGGCGUUGGCUGUGAUUACUUACUUCCUCCUCUCACAACCCGAAACUCUGGCCAAGCUACGCGCUGAACUGUCUGAAGUUGUCGAAGAUCCAUGCCACCUCCCUUCUUGGACUACGCUUGAACAACUUCCCUAUCUCGGAGCCGUGAUUCAAGAGGGUCUGCGUCUGUCCUAUGGUGUUUCCAGCCGCUCAGCCCGUGUACCUACAACAGAGGACCUCGUCUACCAAGGAGAAUUCAACAAGAAGCCUGUGACUUUGGUGUUACCUCGAGGUUAUGCCAUUGGUAUGUCGUCGGCUAUCUCGCAUCACGAUGAAUCUGUCUUUCCAGACUCAUAUACCUUUAUGCCUGAGCGAUGGAUAGAUGGUGAGGGCAAGUUUGAUAAGAACUUGGAGAAGUGUAUGAUGGCAUUCUCCAAGGGCAGCCGUGGCUGUCUUGGUAAAAACCUUGCGCUUUGUGAACUGUACCUUUCUCUCACAGCGUUGACUCUCAGGGUUAUGCCUCAUAUGCGUCUGUAUAAGACAACUGAACGGGAUGUCCGAUACGAUCACGACAUGUUUAUCCCUAGAACGGAGAGUGGUAGUGAUGGAGUAAGAGUUACUAUCGAGUGUUAG